AUGCCAAACAAAAAAGGCCGCAAAAAGAACUUGCCUAAGAUAGACUACGACCUCCCAACUCCGAUAGCUCAAUCUCCAACAAAGAAGCGCAAACGCUCCCGGAAAGCUGAUGACGAUACCCCAAGGGAAUUUACCCGCCUCCUCUCCCGCAUCCAACAAAGCAAACCCAAGCCAAACGGCCUCGACGACCCCCCUACGAAAUCGCAGAAGCCCCACCUGGCCUCAGAGCUGAAAAUCCAACCUAGUGAAUCCCUCCGGCAAUUCAACCGUCGCAUCGACGCCAGUCUGCGAAUAACGCUGAAACCAGGGGGCAGUAGCAAAGCACAGCGCGCGAAGGAGAAGAAGAGGGAAAGAGCUAAGCCUACUUCUGUUGCCCACGGUGGCCCCAACGAUGGUGAUAGUGAAGGAGAAGCUUGGGGAGGGGAAGGGGGAAAGCGUGAGCGCGGAAGGAAUAAAGGUCGUGCAGUUAGUCCCGACCCCUGGGCUGCGCUCGCGGAGAAGCGACUGGCGGUUAAGUUCUCGGAUUUUGCGAAGGCUCCACCGACGCUUGUUAAGCCUAAGAGUGUGCUGCACUCGUGCGGGAUUGCUGAUGUUGAGGGGGUGCCGAAGAGUUCGGGUGGUUUGGCUAGGAGGGAGGGGUUGGCGGGGGAGAGGAGGGGGAUAGUGGAGGGGUAUCGGAGGAUGGUGGAGGAACGGAGGGGGGGUAAGGGGAUUGGUAGCUAGUCGGGGGGUGGAUGGAUGGAAGGCGGGCGUUUUGUUUGGUAGUAUUGGAAGUUGUAGGGGGUGGGAGUGUGGUAUAGUAGACUAGGUAGGUCACUAUCUGAAGCAGUUGAUAACGGAGAUACUGGCGUAUAUUCCAGGCCACCGGCAGCAUGAUAAAAGGAUGUGGGUUCGGUUUCCAAGGAUACUCAUCACAGGUCUUGUAACUUCGUUUCUCUAGCUAACUAGCCACCUGAUCAGCAGAAAAGUAAUAAAACAAAAAGAAAAAAAAAACGGGAACGUGUUUAAUACUCUCGUCGGUUGAGUAAACGAUCGUUUUCAAUCUCCGGUCUGAGUUGGGUGGGGCGGGACUGCAUGUGCUCUUUCAUUCUCAACUCCAGCAGGCCAAUCUGCUUUCCGGCUUGGUCUUGACAUUGGCCACCUGACUUUUAAUAUCAUAUUGGUUUCGAUAGUGUUGUCGAACCCGAACUUCCCGCCCCCACUCCCGACUGGACCGUGCCCACGGCCGGAGCCAGGAAUUUCCCACUUAAGAUUGUUAUUACUGGACUCAAUCCUGCUCAGGUUUGUGUUCAAGUUCCUGGUAUCUUUGGCUCAGGCUCCAUUCCCGACCUUGAUAUCCGCUUCGGCUUUAGAAGUCUCACCUCAACCGUGUGAUCCAGAGGAAAAAUGAAUUUUCCUCUGCUGGCGUCUGUUGCAUCGAACUGCUCAUCCGUAGUUCUCCCCUGCCGAGCCAAUCAUUGAUUGAGAUGCCAUUAACAGAAAAAACUAGGGAUUUAUAUCUCACCGGAGUAUUGGCAAGCGGUUAGCGGGCGUAGACUUGAUGACGGCUGGGGUGGGCGAGCAUGGGACGGCAAGCAGGCCAGAAUGCAGACAUCUGUUACAUAUCCUGUAUGAGAAACUCAUUGAGUAACU